GACAGACGGGAGGAAGGCCAGCCCAGCACCAGCCAACUCUCACUGAAGCCAGCUCUCUCUUCCUCCACCACCAUGCAGGUCCCUGCCACGCUUCUGGGCCUGCUGUUCACAGUUGCCGGCUGGAGCAUCCACGUGCUGGCUCAGCCAGAUGCAGUUAACGCCCCACUCACCUGCUGCUACUCAUUCACCAGCAAGAUGAUCCCAAUGAGUAGGUUGGAGAGCUACAAGAGGAUCACCAGCAGCCGGUGUCCCAAAGAAGCUGUAGUUUUUGUCACCAAGCUCAAGAGAGAGGUCUGUGCUGACCCCAAGAAGGAAUGGGUCCAGACAUACAUUAAAAACCUAGACCGGAACCAAAUGAGAUCAGAACCUACAACUUUAUUUAAAACAUCUGCCCUAAGGUCUUCAGCACCUUUGAAUGUGAAGUUGGCCCGUAAAUCUGAAGCUAAUGUAUCCACUACCUUUUCCACAAUCACCUCAAGCACUUCUGUAGGAGUGACCAGUGUGACAGUGAACUAGUGUGACUUGGACUGCGAUGCCUUAAUUAAUAUUAAACUUAUUUAACUUA